CCCUCCAUGUCUAGAGGAUGUGCUGAAUGGUACGCCAGGAGGCGGCGGCGGCCGAGGAGCAGUAUCCGGAGGCGGCUGGCAGCCCUGCUUGGCGGCUCUUUGCCCUCCGAGGCUCCGCUUCCACCGCGGGCGCCCGACCCCGCGUGCCGCCCGACCAUGGCCGGGCGCCUCGCCCCCGCGCGCCCCGCCUACUGAGCCGCGCCGGAGGAGGUGCGGAGGCCGGCGCGGGAGCAGAGGCGAGCGCCUCUGGAGCCGGGAAAGGAGCCCGCGCCCUGCGCCCCGUCCCUGCCGCGCUCGCCCGGGCCGCCCGGAGCCCCGAUGAGCCCUGAUGGCCGGGGCUCAGCCUGGAGUACACGCUCUGCAACUCAAGCCCGUGUGCGUGUCCGACAGCCUCAAGAAGGGCACCAAAUUCGUCAAGUGGGAUGAUGACUCCACUAUUGUCACUCCAAUUAUUUUGAGGACCGACCCUCAGGGAUUUUUCUUUUACUGGACAGAUCAAAGCAAGGAGUUACCUGCUGAAUUUCCUUGCCUUGUGUUGAGAGUUGUCCAGGAGACGGAGCUGUUAGAUCUCAGCCUUGUCAAAGAUGCCAGAUGUGGGAAACACGCCAAGGCUCCCAAGGACCCCAAAUUACGUGAACUUCUGGAUGUGGGGAAUAUCGGGCGCCUGGAACAUCGCAUGAUAACAGUGGUGUAUGGGCCUGACUUAGUUAACAUCUCCCAUUUGAACCUCGUGGCUUUCCAAGAAGAAGUGGCCAAGGAAUGGACAAAUGAAGUUUUCAGUCUGGCAACAAACCUGCUAGCCCAAAACAUGUCCAGGGAUGCAUUUCUGGAAAAAGCCUAUACUAAACUUAAGCUGCAAGUAACUCCAGAAGGACGCAUUCCUCUCAAAAACAUAUACCGCUUGUUCUCAGCAGACCGGAAGCGAGUUGAAACUGCUUUAGAGGCUUGUAGUCUUCCAUCUUCAAGGAAUGAAUUGAUACCUCAAGAAGAUUUCACUCCAGAAGUGUACAGAGUUUUCCUGAACAACCUUUGUCCUCGACCUGAAAUUGAUAACAUCUUUUCCGAAUUUGGUGCCAAAAGCAAACCAUACCUUACGGUUGAUCAGAUGAUGGAUUUUAUCAACCUUAAGCAGCGAGAUCCCAGGCUAAAUGAAAUUCUUUACCCACCUUUAAAGCAAGAGCAAGUCCAAGUGUUGAUUGAGAAGUAUGAACCCAACAACAGUCUUGCCAGAAAAGGACAGAUAUCAGUGGAUGGAUUUAUGCGCUAUCUGAGUGGAGAAGAAAAUGGAGUCGUUCCACCUGAGAAACUGGAUUUGAAUGAAGAUAUGUCUCAGCCACUUACUCACUAUUUCAUUAAUUCCUCACACAACACCUACCUCACAGCUGGCCAGCUGGCUGGAAACUCCUCCGUCGAGAUGUAUCGCCAAGUGCUCCUGUCUGGUUGUCGCUGUGUGGAGUUGGACUGCUGGAAGGGAAGGACCGCAGAAGAGGAGCCAGUCAUCACCCAUGGGUUCACCAUGACCACGGAGAUAUCCUUCAAGGAAGUGAUAGAAGCCAUUGCUGAGUGUGCAUUUAAGACUUCACCUUUUCCAAUUCUGCUUUCAUUUGAGAACCACGUGGAUUCCCCAAAGCAGCAGGCCAAGAUGGCAGAGUAUUGCCGGCUGAUCUUCGGGGAUGCCCUUCUCAUGGAGCCCCUGGAAAAGUACCCACUGGAAUCUGGAGUUCCUCUUCCAAGCCCUCUGGACUUAAUGUACAAAAUUUUGGUGAAAAAUAAGAAGAAAUCCCACAAAUCGUCAGAAGGAAGUGGCAAAAAGAAGCUCUCAGAACAAACCUCAAACACGUACAGUGACUCCUCCAGUGUGUUUGAGCCCUCGUCCCCAGGAGCUGGAGAAGCUGAUACGGAGAGUGACGAUGAUGACGAUGAGGAUGACUGUAAAAAGUCUUCGAUGGAUGAGGGGACCGCUGGGAGCGAGGCCAUGGCCACAGAAGAGAUGUCUAAUCUGGUGAACUAUAUUCAGCCAGUCAAGUUCGAGUCAUUCGAAACUUCAAAAAAAAGAAACAGAAGCUUUGAAAUGUCUUCCUUUGUGGAAACCAAAGGACUUGAGCAACUUACAAAGUCUCCAGUGGAAUUUGUAGAAUAUAACAAAAUGCAGCUUAGCAGGAUAUAUCCAAAAGGAACACGUGUGGAUUCAUCCAACUACAUGCCCCAGCUCUUCUGGAAUGCAGGCUGCCAAAUGGUUGCACUUAAUUUCCAAACAGUGGACCUGGCUAUGCAAAUAAACAUGGGAAUGUAUGAAUACAAUGGGAAAAGUGGCUACAGACUGAAGCCAGAGUUCAUGAGGAGACCUGACAAGCACUUUGAUCCAUUCACCGAAGGCAUUGUGGAUGGGAUCGUGGCCAACACUUUAUCUGUUAAGAUUAUUUCAGGUCAGUUUCUCUCUGAUAAGAAAGUCGGGACUUAUGUGGAAGUGGAUAUGUUUGGUUUGCCUGUGGACACACGGAGGAAGGCAUUUAAGACAAAGACAUCACAAGGAAAUGCUGUAAAUCCUGUCUGGGAAGAAGAACCCAUUGUGUUCAAAAAGGUAGUUCUUCCUUCUCUGGCCUGUUUGAGGAUAGCAGUUUAUGAAGAAGGAGGUAAAUUUAUUGGUCACCGAAUCUUGCCAGUACAAGCAAUUCGACCAGGCUAUCACUACAUCUGUCUGAGGAAUGAGAGGAACCAGCCUCUGAUGCUGCCAGCUCUCUUUGUCUACAUAGAGGUGAAGGACUAUGUUCCAGAUACAUAUGCAGAUGUGAUUGAAGCUUUGUCAAAUCCAAUCCGAUAUGUGAAUCUGAUGGAGCAGAGAGCUAAACAACUGGCAGCUUUGACGCUGGAAGAUGAAGAAGAAGUAAAGAAAGAGGCUGAUCCUGGGGAAACACAGUCAGAAGCUCCAAGUGAAGCCAAGACAACUCCAGCAGAAAACGGGAUGAAUCACACUACAUCCCUGACACCCAAACCACCCUCCCAGGCUCUCCACAGCCAACCAGCUCCAGGCUCUGUAAAGGCACCUGCCAAAACAGAAGAUCUUAUUCAGAGUGUUUUAACAGAAGUAGAAGCGCAGACAAUUGAAGAGCUAAAGCAACAGAAGUCGUUUGUGAAACUUCAAAAGAAGCACUACAAAGAAAUGAAAGACCUGGUUAAGAGACACCACAAGAAAACCACUGACCUUAUCAAAGAACACACUACAAAAUAUAAUGAAAUCCAGAAUGACUACUUGCGAAGGAGGGCAGCUUUGGAAAAGACAGCCAAAAAGGAUAGUAAGAAAAAAUCGGAACCCAGCAGCCCUGACCAUGGUUCAUCAACAAUUGAGCAAGACCUAGCUGCCCUGGAUGCCGAAAUGACCCAAAAGUUAAUAGACUUGAAGGACAAACAACAGCAGCAGCUGCUUAAUCUUCGACAAGAACAGUAUUACAGUGAAAAAUACCAGAAGCGAGAACAUAUUAAACUGCUUAUUCAAAAAUUGACAGAUGUUGCUGAAGAAUGUCAGAAUAAUCAGUUAAAGAAGCUUAAAGAAAUUUGUGAGAAAGAGAAGAAGGAAUUAAAGAAGAAAAUGGAUAAAAAGAGACAGGAGAAGAUAACAGAAGCUAAAUCCAAAGACAAAAGCCAGAUGGAAGAGGAAAAGACAGAGAUGAUCCGGUCAUACAUCCAGGAGGUGGUGCAGUACAUCAAGAGGUUAGAAGAGGCACAAAGUAAACGGCAAGAAAAACUUGUAGAGAAACACAAAGAGAUACGUCAGCAGAUCCUGGAUGAAAAGCCCAAGCUGCAGGUGGAGCUAGAGCAGGAGUACCAAGACAAGUUCAAAAGGCUGCCCCUGGAGAUUUUGGAAUUCGUGCAGGAAGCCAUGAAAGGGAAGAUCAGUGAAGACAGCAAUCACAGCUCUGCCCCUCCCCUGCUGACCUCAGACCCUGGAAAACUGAACCACAAGCCUCCUUCCAGUGAGAAGCUGGAAGGAGAAAACCCAGGAAAAGAAUUUGAUACUCCCCUGUGAUUGUUUCUUCCUGGCCUUCAGAACACGCAUGGCCACUCCAGCUCCAUCGGACUCUCUCUUCUUACAAAGAUCACUGCCCAGGAGCAUCUUCCUGAGAAGCAUCCCUUAGAUUAAAAUCCACACUGGAGGGAGAGUUCCAGAAGGAUCCAUGCAGCUUCCCCAUACCCAGGCUCCAUGUGUUAUGUGGAAACUACUGCAGGUCUACUAGUGAAGGGUGCAUGUAUGUGGUGGGAUUUUGGUUUUCUUUCCAGUAAUAAAUUCAAAGCAGGCAACUUCCAUGGAACAUAUAAUGAAGGACAGUGUCUUCUUUGAAGAAAAGCAAGCUCAUGUUUUUAGUUGAAGCUCUGGUGUACAGUAUGUCAAAGUAAUAGGAAUAGUUGAGAAAUGCAUAGCACUAUUUAACACUAUUGAACAGCCAACUUUGAACAUUUUUUUUCCUAACUGCCCCUCAACUACCAUAUCUUCGAGUUAACAUGCAUAUUAAAUUGUUUCAUCCUUUGCUUUGCAAGCACUGGCGGCUUGCAAUUUGCUAAUUUAUUUAUCACAGAGACAUCAGUGUAUUUGUUGCUGACAUGGCUAUAUUGGAUACCAUAGUGAUCAAAUAGGCUGGUUUUCUGCCUUGAUUGUGUCCUUGUCCAGUGAAGCCAUCCCCAGACUUGGUGACAUGGCUUGUACAUUUGGCUGCGUGAGCAAGUUGGCCACACAAUUCCAGGCAGUGUGCUAUCUGAGUCGACUAUUUGCACUCAAAGUCUGGGUAUUCGUUGGUCAUUGGCUUAAAAUCAUUAAACAACUACAAAGAUCUUUUUAAUUGAAUAAAAACAGUUGAGCUGAUGUAUGAUGAUCAGAGAUUCAGUCAGAGUGAAUAGGUUCCAGCAGUUAUUUUGUUGUCUGAUUUUCUUUAUGGUUCAUUUAUUUUUAAUAUAGAGAUAAAGAUUAAAUAUUUAUCUAGAGACUACACAGACCCACAUAAAUGGUAUAUGUUAUCUCCAUGCAUACAUGUAUGCACUCAGCCAUAUAAGUACAUACAUAUACACCACAUACACAUACACACACACAUUCAUAUGAGUGUGGAUAUGAGUUUCUUAAUUAGCAAUAACCCAGAUCUCUUCCACAAGACGUAAAACCAAAUUCAAUGAUAGAGAAGAAAAUGGUCAAAUAUCUACAUUAUGUGGAUAUUAAAUUACAUUAAAAUUCUAAGAAACAAUUGAUGGAGGCUUUGAUGUAAGUUGAGGUAGAUUGAGAACUUAGAAUAUGACUUUGAUGUAUAUUUUGUAAGAUCAAAAACUGGAUUUUAAGUAUUUUAAGCUUGUUUUAAUGGUCAGAAUAUAUAAAAAUGUAUAGGACAGCAAUAUGGAACUGUAUUAGUAUCUUCCAUAAUUUUAAAAUCUGACGGAUUUCAAUUUAUUGCUCACAUAAAAAAAUCUUCCAUUAUAUAUUUACUAUGUACAUUUAAUAACUGUCUUUUUGUUAAGUUCCUAUGUUAAGUGGCAUAGGAGAAACAAAUUAUAUUAUGGUAAAACUGAUUUAAAACAUUAUUGAAAGGUCUUAAGUAAGAGAGAAUAAUUAUAUAGAGGAAAAUAUAACUUAGAGAUUAACACAAAGAACAUUGAAGUUAAAGCCCUGAAGCAAGAUGUGCAGUUUUAUUUUACUUUAAACCUGUCUGAUUGUAGCUUAGCAAAACAUUUUAAAACACAAAAACUAGUU